AUGAACGGCAGCACAGCGAACCUUACCGGAGGAAACUCCACGGUGUUCGAGACUUUCUGGUCGUGUUUUUCCUGGCACAUGGAAAACAAGAUGGAGUACGACCUGGCUGUAGCUGCGUGCGUUCAUCUCCCUAAAGCGUACACGGACGAGAACAAGAAAGUCGGGAUCGCCUCCGCCGCUGUCGGGACAGUCGCUCUCCUCAUGAACGUCGUGGUCCUGUCCGGAGUGCUGAAAAACCAUCACCUGUCUAAACCCAUGUACAUGUUCGUGGCAAACCUGGCUAUGGCCGACUGCCUAACGGGUUUGUUCUCGUUCGUCCUCUGUGCAAGGCUCCAGUUAGAACUCUCUCAACCAUGGACAACGAUGGGCUUGUACUGCAUCUUCUUCUUACUGUUGGUCUCAUCGGCAGUUGGUGUGGUCCUCCUGUCCGGGGACCGCUAUCUGGCCAUCCUCCACCCGAUAUUCUACCAGACCCGCAUGUCUGGGCGACACGUUGCCGUGAGUCUGGGGAUCGCGUGGCCAUCUUGUGUGCUUGUCUGCUUGUCUCCUCUUAUGGGCUGGAACUGCAUCGACAUGAAGAGCGAGACUUGCUUCACGGCCCUGCCCGUAAGUUACCUGAUUCUGUUCAACAGCAUCUUGUUCAUGGCCGUAGUGAUAGUGGUCUUCGUCAACGUCAGAAUCUUCAUCAAACUGAAGCAGCGCUUCUCCAGGACCAAACCCCUCGAGAACCCGCAGGACAACCUGCCCGCCGCCCGCCGCAGAGAACAGCGAGUCGCAGCCAGACAGUACCAGCAGCUACAAGCCGUGUGGAAGAUGCAGGUGACCGUUGUCAUCAUUGCAGCGGUGUUCGUCAUCUUCUGGCUGCCGAUUUGCAUCGGGAGUGUGGAGAAGUUGGUGUGCUUCGCAAGAGAAGACUGUGAGGCAGAGGCAAAGCCGUACUGGGGUUUGCUGGUCGCGCUCUGCAAUUCGGCGAUCAACCCGGUCAUCUACGCGCUCAGGAUCAAGAAGAUUCGGGAAGCCGUGCAUCGCAGGGCGCGACGACUCGCCAACGCGGUUCGGGAGAAGUUGGGGUGGUCGUCGAACCAAGUGGUGAACAUCCAGAUUGUUGGCAAUCCGCAAGCAAUGGACGCUGGAUCAACGGUUGCCGGUCCGAGUACGGACAGUCGAACUGACCAGCAAUGGGCGGUCAGUCGAAGAUUGGAUCCCAGAAACGCACCGAGCUCACGGCGUCUUGAUGUGCUCUUCGAAGCUUCAGCAAGUUCAGUGAAGAUGUCUGCCUUUGGAAGCUCAAGCAGCGGGGAAGACACCGAGUGA